ACAAAAUACAAAAACCAUCAUUGCAUUGUGGGUGGUUUUGUGCCGAAAAAUUUUUACAAUCAUUCUUGUAAUUUUAAAACUUCCAGUGAGAAAUUCCAGGAUUAUGGGAACUGAUUUCAUUUCAGUUGAUUAGUAAAUAAAAAAAUCGUUUAUUCACUUUUACGACAAGAUAUAGUAUUUCGACAUAGCGAUCAAUUUGACCCAACAAUAUUGUGUUUGUGAUUAGAAAACAUGAAUCCAGCAGCAUCCCAUAGCUCAUCCCAUCCAAUCGAAAUAAUAGCGAUCAAAGACAUCUACCCUGGGCUGAAAAAUAUCAAUGCUAUAUUUAUAGUUCUGGAGGUGGGACCGGUUACGCUAACUAAGGAGAAUCGUGAAGUAAGAACAUUCAAAGUUGCCGACCAGAGUGCUGCUAUCAACGUUUCGGUGUGGGAUGAACCGGGAAAGCUGCUAAUGCCGGGGGAUAUCGUGCGAUUAACCAAAGGCUACGCAGCUGUUUGGCGCCAGUGUUUGACAUUGUAUUCUGGAAAGAAUGGCGAAAUCCAUCGAUUGGGCGAUUUCUGCUUCACAUUCAACGAAAUGAUAAAUAUGAGUGAACCAAAUCCAAAUUUGACUAUCGGUAACCAACCUUUGCAAGGGAAUGGUGCCGCAGGAGGAAGUAACGCCGGAACUAAAGGAGGGAGACCUCAAAAUGAUUCUGGGGCAUCAGCUUCCCAGGCAAUGGCUGGGUCAAGUACAGGUGUAUCGACUAACGUGAAAGGCCAGCAAAGCGGUCGUUUUACGAGUACUAGUUCUGAGCAGAGCAAAUCUUCACCCAAGAAUAAUCCAAGGACAAGUAGAAGCGGACAAGCGAAGAAUUCAGCAGCGAAAAGCGAAAGAAGAUAAUAUACAAUAGACAUGGAUAUGUUAUAAAAGUUUUUAUAGAUAUUUUUUUAAGUAGAAUUAUCUCCAAUGUAACAGCUAGAGCGACAAAGGUAACUUUUUUUGGUGAUAAAUUAUCAUUUUUCAAAAUUCUUAGUAUGUUUUAACCGCGAUUCCGCUUGAUGACGGGAAUAUGAAAUGUGGUCAACAGGGAUGCCGAACCACGCGAGGUGUCCCGUAUUAUAUGUUUUUCGUAUCAUAUAUGGAUAAUUACAUUUAGAUGACGUGAGGCAAAAAAAUUGUUGCAUAUUUCACAACAGAUUGUAUUUUUCUGUAAUGUUUUUCAAUGAAAACUAGUGAGAGAGUA